AUGGCUACUGCGCGUGAGAUGUGGACUACGCUCGUAGAGGACAAUACUGUAAGAGACUACUCGUACAUGAUGACGCUGAGGAGCCAACUAUAUGCCCUGAAGCACGUGCAAGGACAACCAAUGUCCGAGUACUUAUCCAACAUGGGACGGACGAGGCAACUACUGAACAUCGUCGACCCGACUCAUGCAAUAAGCGACGACGAGAUGGCACGUAUUCUGGUGAUGGGAGUCAUGCAAACGCACCGGGACUUGGUGGAUCAGUUUUACCUACUCGCCAAGGAAACCCUCUGA